UGACCGUCGAAUGGAAAAUUCCAUGUAACUACCCUCUCUACAACCUUAUAAAUACAUCCCCAAACCCCUUAAAAAUAAAGCCUCAUCCUCAUACUCACUAAGUUUUAGACCAAUCUUGAUUCGUAGAUUUUAUUUUUGGAAGAUGUACGGUGUCGGUGGAUCGAGCACAGCGGGUUUCGCAGAAGCUUACGCGAUGAGGAAGAUUUAUAAAGAAAAGAUGAAGAUGAAGCUUGCAGAGGCAAAAGUAGAGGAAGAAAAAGAAAAUGUUGGAGGUAAGAGUAAAAUCUGGAAAACGAAGAAAUCUAAGAAGACCCUCCAUACUAAUCCAAGGGUUUCCUCUGCAGAUAUUUAAACAUCUAUAUGUAUAUGGUUAUGUAUUUUUUUUUUUUCUUAACUUUUUAUGAUUGGUUCAUUUUGUUCUUUUGUGUAAUAUUUUUUUUACAGUUAAUAACAAAGAAUUAUAUUGAUUGUUGUAAAUCUUAUGCUUACUUCUAUUCAAGAAAUUAGAUUAGAAAACACUGAAGAAUAACAAAAAGAGAAAACAGAGGAAUGUUGAAGAAUCAUUCGAUUCUUAGCUUUUUUAAAAGAAG